UCUCAACACUGUCGCUCUGAGCACGUUCAGACACACUCGGUUGUUCCGUAAAUACUGUAAGUUCACCGCGCGAAUAACAUGGGUUAAUAUGUGCGGAUAACUCUGCGUGAGGAUGGAGACUCGGAUAUUGUGUUUCGACAGGACAGAAAUCACAGAAGGGCUUUAAUAUCUUCUCUUUUGUUGUGUGUGAGAGAUGAUCGCAGUGUUUGUGUGCAGCGCGGCCGCUUUCAUCCUGUACGUCAACACACUGGACGCGGACUUCUGCUAUGAUGACAGCCGUGCUAUCAAAACCAACCAGGACCUUCUCCCCGAAACGCCUUGGACUAACAUCUUGUACGAUGACUUCUGGGGGACGCUUCUCACCCACAGCGGCAGCCACAAGUCGUACCGGCCGCUCUGCACGCUGUCCUUCCGCCUGAACUACGCCCUGAGCGGCCUGAACCCCUGGAGCUAUCACCUGAUCAACGUGCUCCUCCACUGCACCGCCACCGCGCUCUUCUCCAGCUUCUCCGGCCUGCUGCUGGGGUCGGGCCGCUGGAGCCUGCUGGCCGGGCUUCUCUUCGCCGCUCACCCCAUACACACCGAGGCCGUGGCGGGCGUCGUGGGUCGGGCCGACGUGGGAGCAGCUCUUUUCUUCCUCUUGGCCCUGCGCUGCUACAUUCGGUACUGCGCCCUGAGGACGAGCGGCGGGCACGGGCGGAGCUGGGCAUGGUUAUUGGGCACUUUGGCGUGUGCUUCCUGUAGCAUGCUGUGGAAGGAGCAGGGCGUGACGGUUCUCGCUGUGGCGGCCGUGUACGACGUGUUUGUCUUCCAUCGGCUGAAGUUGCAGCAGGUUCCUGCACUCUUCCGAAAGAAGAAGAAUCUGCCGCUGCUGUCGAGUGUGUUUGUGUUGGGCUGUUGGGGAAUCUGUCUUCUGGCCGGUCGUCUCUACUGGAUGGGCAACAAACCUCCAAACUUCUCCAACUCGGACAACCCUGCAGCAGACUGCCCCUGUUUCCUGUCCAGGACUCUCACCUUCUUCUACCUGCCGGCUGUGAACGUUUGGCUCCUCCUCUGCCCUGACAUGCUGAGUUUCGAUUGGUCGAUGGAUGCUCUGCCACUUGUGAGGAGCGUUGCUGAUUGGAGGAACCUCCACACCGUUGCCUUCUACGGCUCGCUGCUGGCGCUGGCAUGGUUCGGACUCCGCAGCAGCCCGACCAAAGGCAAGGAGACCAACGGGAAAGUCCAUCAUGUAGCAAACGGGAAAUCCACGAACGGUCACAGCUGUACCUCUGAUCACGAACACUUGACUCUUUAUUCAAACGGAACUAAUGGUACUGUAAAACACCAUGUGUCGUCUUUACCCAGCACUGAGAGUCUGGUGCUGUUCUCAUUGGGUCUGCUGGCCGUUCCCUUCAUCCCAGCCACCAACCUCUUCUUCUACGUGGGCUUUGUGGUGGCCGAGCGAGUGCUCUACAUCCCCAGUAUGGGCUUCUGUCUGCUGGUAGUGCUGGGGAUGAGGUCUUCAUAUGUCCGACUGAGGAGGAAGUCCUCCAGAACACUCCUGAUGGGCUCCUGUGCUGCUCUGGUGCUUCUGUUUGGGAUGAAGACUGUUCUGAGGAAUCAUGACUGGCACAACGAGGAGAUGUUGUACAGGUCGGGGAUAUCUGUGAACCCUGCGAAAGCGUGGGGUAACCUGGGAAACGUCCUGAAGAACCAAGGGAAGGUGUCAGAGGCGGAGCAAGCGUACAGGAACGCUCUGUACUACCGCAGGAACAUGGCUGACAUGCUGUAUAACCUCGGUCUGUUGCUGCAGGAGAACAACAGAUUCUCAGAGGCGCUUCAUUUCUAUAAACUGGCCAUCGGGAGCAGACCCACUCUGGCCGCCGCUUACUUGAACACUGGGAUCAUCCUGAUGAAUCAGGGCCGUCUGGAGGAGUCCAAGCACACAUUUCUCACCUGCUCUGAUAUCCCAGAUGAAAACCUGAAGGAUCCUCACGCACACAAGAGCUCCGUCACCAGCUGCCUGUAUAAUCUGGGAAAACUGCUCCAUGAACAGGGUCAUCAGGAGGAGGCCAUAUCUGUAUAUAAAGCAGCCAUACAGAAGAUGCCCAGACAGUUUGCCCCACAGAGUCUGUAUAACAUGAUGGGAGAGGCUUACAUGAGACUCAACAAACUGACGGAGGCUGAGAUGUGGUAUAAAGAAUCCCUGCGAGCCAAACCAGACCAUAUACCUGCACACCUGACUUACGGCAAACUGCUGGCCAUGACGGGUCAGAAAACGGAAGCAGAGAAACUCUUUCUGAAGGCUGUCGAGCUCGAUCCUACUAAAGGAAACUGCUAUAUGCAUUAUGGUCAGUUUUUGCUGGAAGACUCGAGACUUUUGGAAGCUGCUGAAAUGGCACAGAAAGCCGCUCGGUUGGACAGUGAAGAGUUUGAUGUGGUUUUCAGCGCAGCUCAUAUGCUCAGGCAAGCAAGCCUCAAUGAAGCAGCUGAGAAAUACUACAGACAAGCAGCGAGUCUGAGAUCUAAUCAUCCUGCAGCCCUCAUGAAUCUCGGAGCCAUUCUCCAUCUGAACGGGAAGCUCCAGGAGGCCGAGGCCAAUUACCUGAGAGCCUUGCAGCUGAAACCGGACGACACCAUCACCCAGUCCAACCUGAGGAAGCUGUGGAACAUCAUGGAGAAACAGGGCUUGAGGACUCAUGGACACCUUUGACUUAAGAGCACCUCCACGGAGGUUUAGAGGGACGUGUUCUCUCUGCUCUCUCUCUCCUGAGGUCAUCUACGUCCCAGAGCAGACUAAUGACGUCUUCAGGACCUCCAAAUGAGGGCAGCUACUGUAUGUUUGGUACAAUGGAGAACAUCUGGAAGACUCUAAAGCUGUAGAGCCGAACCUCUCUAGAGCAUUUCUCUUUUCUGAGGUCUUCGAGAACUCAGAAGAAGUUCUUCACUUGAAGUGGCUCAUAGAUACAUACUUGAAGUCUCACGAUUGAUUAGGUUUGAAUUAGUUAGUUGAUGCUUAAUAGUCUUGAUGGGCAAUAUUUGCUGUAAGGCUGUGUAACAAUGUGACGAUGUCUAUGAACAGUUCAUUCAUUGGACUGGAGUCAUAUUUAUUGAGUACAUCAGAGCUUAAGUACAAAGGUGACGCAUGAUUUUAUGCCGUCUAAACCGAUCAACAUAACAAGAUAAAAUGGCCACGAAAACACGUUCCCACAAAAACCGUUGUAUUGACACUCUACAUGUUCACCGCAGAUGAUACGACACGUCUUACACGUGUUUGAUUCACGGAUUUGUGCGUUAGACGGGAUCAUGGAUUGAUCCACGCACAGUACCUUGCCAAAAAUAACCGUAAUCCCGAAAGAAGCGUCGGAUAAGCUCUGGAGCCUGAAGGAAGCGCUCUCUCUCUGCAGAACAUGUGGACUGCGCUGCUUGACGGUGGGAAGAGUGAUGGAUCACAUGUGUCUCCGUCAGCAGGAGGACAGAUCUGUGGACAUCAGCAAAUGAUGAUGUCUCAUUUACAGCCGGUCCAGUAUAAAGAGAACUCCUCUAACAGUACACAGCCGUAGUGUUUAAGGGAUUGUUUGUGUGAUAUUGCUUUAGUGUUUUAUUAUGUUUGAGUGUAUAAAUUGAACCUAAUAUAUAAAAGUGACACAUUAAGCCAGAAUAACAAUGUGUGAAUUCCGUGUUCUCAUUCUUGCGAUUGUUUCAUCAUCGUCUUCUUGUCGUGUUUGUCCCUGAGCUGUGUGUUCAUACGUGAGGAUACAUUGUGUCACAUUAAUGAGUGUUGUUAUGAAGGGAAUACCGUGACGGGUCAGUAUUCAAUGAUUCCCAUGUGUUUGAGGGGAAGUGAAACAGCUGGCACUGUGUUAUCUGUCAAAUUAUUUCUGAACAUUUGAUGUAAUUCAUCCGCUGUUUUCUUCACAUGUUUCAGAGGCGUGUUCUGGAAUAAACCUGUCAUGUGUCCUGCGUGUGUCUGACUGUCUCAGAACAAACCGUCUCUUUAUGACUGAAAUGUAAACAAUAAUCAAUAUUAGAAAGAUGUAACAGUGAAUCUCAUGAGGAAAUCUUCGGGUCAUAUUUCACCCCAAAAUCAACAGAAAACAAUGAAGCCUACCAUGAUUUCUUUAUUAAAUUGAUAAUUGUUUUGAAUGUUUUCUGAUAUUCCGUGUCCUCUUCACAUGAUCAACAUGUUCCUGUAUCUCAGCUUUAUUCUCUUGAUUUUGGGGUGCAGGAUGAUAUUUCUUGAGCGUUUGCGUGAGGUUCACCUGCAGCAUUGCACAUUAUCAGAUGAAUUAAUACCACAGUUGCAGAAACAGACUAAUGUGUGAAGAGAUCUGCUCUGUUACGUCAUCAUCGUUAAUACGCCAGAUUAUAUUGAGUCUCCGUGUUAUUGUGACGCACAUUCAGUGUAAAUGAUCUAAUGUUUGUUGUUCACUGUGUGUUUAUAUGACAACACGUGUUUUACACGAACCUCCCUCACUAAUGCACCAGCUGUGUGUGUGUGUGUGUGUGUGUCUGAGUGUUUAUGUGUGUGUCUGAGUGUUUGUGUGUGU